CAUGCGCACAACGUGGAAUUGGAAAAUAAUCUUGAACAGCUGUAGCUACCAUUCUUAUUAUACCUCAGUGGUAUCUACCAAAAAUACUAGUAACUGUCUGCUGCUGUAUUGUAGCCAUCUGUAGGUUCUGUACAGGGAGUCGGAGGAAGAGAAAUAGUUAGCUCGUGCCGCUAACUGGCACAAUGUCACUGCAAAGGUGUCAAACUGAUUGGGAAGAAAUUGACCAAGAAUAUCAACAAUUACAGGAAACUCACAAAGUGUACAGACAGAAGCUCGAUGAGCUCACCAACCUCCAGGCAACAUGCAGCAGUGCCAUUAGUAAACAGAGGAAGAGUCUAAAAGACCUCAGGCACAGUCUGUGCAAGUGCACAAAAACAAGUGAUGAGAAAGAAACGGAACUGAUCAAAGACAUCCAAAUGCAAAUUAAAGACAAAGAGAAUUUCUUCUUUGAUAUGGAAGCCUAUUUGCCAAAGAAGAAUGGAUUGUACUUAAAUUUGGUCCUUGGCAAUGUGAAUGUAACACUUCUCAGCAACCAGGCAAAAUUUGCCUAUAAAGAUGAAUAUGAGAAGUUCAAGCUUUUUAUGACAAUAAUCUUGAUGUUUGGGGCCAUAACCUGUCUCUUUUUGCUCAAUUACCGUGUCACAGAUGAAAUCUUCAACUUCUUGCUGGUUUGGUACUACUGCACUUUGACCAUAAGGGAAAGCAUCCUCAUGAGCAAUGGGUCCCGGAUCAAAGGGUGGUGGGUCUCCCAUCAUUACGUCUCUACCUUCCUAUCAGGUGUAAUGCUUACCUGGCCAGAGGGGUCCAUGUAUCAGAUGUUCAGAAGUCAAUUCCUUGCCUUCUCCAUUUACCAGAGCUUUGUGCAUUUUCUUCAAUAUUACUACCAAAGUGGCUGCUUAUACCGGUUACGUGCUUUGGGGGAGAGCACUCAGUUGGACCUCACAGUGGAGGGGUUUCAGUCAUGGAUGUGGAGAGGACUCACCUUCCUCUUGCCAUUUCUGUUUUUCGGCCAUUUCUGGCAGCUGUACAAUGCUAUGACUCUGUUUCGGUUGGCAGGACAUGAAGACUGUAAAGAGUGGCAGGUAUUUAUGUUGGCACUGACAUUUCUUGUCCUAUUCCUGGGGAAUUUUCUCACCACAUUGAAAGUUGUUCACCAAAAGAUCCAGGAAAACCCAGAAAAGGUGCAAAAGCAGGAGUGAAUGAGUCUGACUACAGCUCAUACCUCCAAGUGGCCAGUAACCAUGAAGCAAAAUGGCACUUUGACACGCACAACCGAUGGAAAGAUUGACUGCAGAGGCUUUGUGCCAGGAAAAGACAGAGCAGAGAGACCAAUGUGUCUCGGACGUUGAUGACAGCUGCAACAUUAACCAAUAAUCUUGGCUGAAUGUGCUUUUGUUUCCGAUAACUUGUCAUUGUCCUUGCUACACGUGCAAUCACAACACAGAGCAGCUUUCGUCUGGCAGAUGAACCACUGCGAUCCUGGACCGUUUGAGGCUUGAUCCUUUUAGAUUUAGAGUGAGUGGACAGACUGAUUAAUUAUGUUCUUCAAACUAUAUGCAACUCAACAAAGACAGGUAACAUUAGGUCAGGGUUUCCCAAACUUAGUUCUGGGCCCCCACGGGUGCACAUUUUAGUUUUUGCCAUAGCACUACAAAGCUGAAUCAAAUAAUCAAAGCUUGAUGAUGAAUUGGUUAUUUGAGUCAGCUGUGUAGUGCUAGGACAAAAAACUAAAUGUGCACCCAGGGGGGUGGCCCAGGACUGAGUUUGGGAAACCCUGCAUUAGGUCAUGAGAAAGGUGAGUUUACCUACAAAGUAUAUGUACUGUGUGGUCAUGUCACUACUUCACACAGCUGUUAUCGGUAUGGCAUUCAAAUAUGUCCAGGGCACAGCCAUUUCUUCACUGUUAUUUGUAAGUGUCUGUUGUUUUGAUAUGUUUUUCAGUAAAGAUGCAUUCAACUAUUUAUUUCUCCCCGCAGUGCUGUUAAAAAGUAAACCUGUUUGCUUAUCUCUGGAUAUUGACAUGUCUACGUGUCCAUAUUAUAUCAAGUAAAGCCUGCUUCUUAUUUCAGCAAGGUACCAGCCAGGACUUAACUGAUCAUAGACAUUUACACAUUUUAACAGCAGCGGUUUACUACCAUUGUUUGGGUUGAUUUGGUAACCAUAAAUUACACAGGCGUUCUAUUUUAAAAUAAUGAAUAUAUUAAUGAUACUGACCAAGUUUGAGUAUAAAAGGAUUUCUCUUCCUUCUGUAAUGGUCUGCACCUUGUUAAUCUGAGUGCCUGGUGGUGCAACUUUUCAGAUAGUGGAUUCGGCAUAGAGACAAAAGUCCAUAUUUUUUUAAAUCCUGUAAUCUGGUUCAAAAUGAUAACCCUUUUAUUUAAUUAUUAUUUGAGAGACUUGUCCAAUUCAGGUUGUGCAAGAAGAUGCUGGUUGUUUGAGUUUUGCUGCUAUGAGCACUGGUACUGUGAACAAAUGAUUGGCAAUAAUGUCUCAAGCACGGAUGUGCUGGAGUGAUCAAGUGUAUAUAACUCUGCUGAGAUACAAUGUAUGUAUGUAUAGUAACGCGUCAACUGAUCUAUGUACAAAUCUCAAGAGCUUUUGUACCCAUUUUAAGCAUUAUUUAAUUUUGAACUGUAUUAUUAGAUGUGCAUUUGAAAAAAUGGAUUGGUCUGAACAACGUUAGUACUUAGUGACAGGGCUUUCUAAAUGCCUUAUCUCUCCUUGUAGCCUGUCACAAUUGCGUGAUGUAUGUUUUUGUUCCAUUUGGAAUCAAGUGUUAUGUUAUUGACAAAAUAUAAGGUCUUGGACAUUAGUCUUGUUUUCAUUUUAAAAAUCCAUUAUGCUCUUGAAGGGAACCACUAUUUUCUUUACAAAAGCUAUAGCAUGUUAUUAGACCAAAAUGUUAAAUUCAGUCUAACGUCAAAGCUGCCACAAUAGAUCCUAUUUCCUCAAGUAUUGUGAGUUUGGUUUAAUGUUGAUGUCAUGGAUUGUCCCAUCAUAAGACUAACUUGUGCCUGAACGUACACUUGUAACAAGAGACACUGGAUAAAAUAAUGUAAUUUAUGCUGUUUCUUACUGGCUGGAAAACAAAUAAAACACAUCUGACUCAAA